ACACGACGGCAGCGAUGGAUCCAGCACAGGGAGGAGAGGCCUUUGGCUGCUGUCAUUGGGUUGGGACGCCUUUCUUAAUUAUGGAUCGCUGCUUUAUAUUUGAAUUUGCAAAAGGCUGUGAAGGGUACAAAAUGUGUAUCUUCAACGAAUGUUUAUUUCUUUUUAGCACAGACAUCGCCUAUUAAUUUACUGCAGGACUUUAUUUGUGGUUAUUUGGUUAUCAUUGUGUUAUUUAGGAGCGCUUGUGUGGAUCAAGCACCAUGUUGUUACCCUCCAAAGUGAUGAAAACCCACUCCAGCUCUUGUACAUUUUGUGUUUGUUUUUUUUCGAUCAUCAAACCGCCUCACAUUUUUAAAGGCCAACUCCAGGUUGAAUUGUUUUUUAUUUAUUAUUUGUCUUGGUGAAAAAUGAUGUGGUCGGCUUUACUGUUCAUCUAGAAAGGCCUAUAGGGGGUUGUGUGUGUGUGUGUGUGUGUGCGCGCGCGCGCGCGCGUGCGUUUGGGGGGUAAGGUUUCGAUUUAGAGACGGUCAAUUUUCUGGAAACAAAGGACUUGGAUAUCUCCAUCAUCUUGCUUGUGUCUGUGCGCGCGCACCUUUGGUCCUGAUAACAAAAUGCAGAACAGCCUCCUUUUGAUUGGGAGAACAUCACUUCGUUUUUGUUGUAGAUUUUAUGUUUUUUUGUUUUGGCGCUGCUGAAGAGACACAGCAACUACAGCAAUCAGAUUUACUGGAAUUAAAGGAGGUUACUGUAAAACUUGUUAGGCGAGAAUGCUGGGACAUAAUUAUGGUUAUUCAUAGAAUGCAGAGUGCUACCUAGUUUCUGUGCGUCUUCACUCUGUGUAAUACAUGUGUAAGCCCUUGUUUUAUUGUGUCUAUUGUCUAUUUUAUAGCAGUGAGAAAGUGACAGCGGUUCACAGUGAGACUGUAGUGUUAGUGUUUGAAAUGGGGAGACAGUAUGGAAGUGGCAGCUAUAGAGUGAGCGUUUCAAUGUUGGGGAUGAAUUCCCUACUGGAGGAAAAACAAAGAGCUGUGUAUCUCUGUUCAGUAAUGCACAGCUCAAGGGCAAAAGCAGGCGCACAUUCUGAAUGAAUGGGGAAAUGUGGACUUGCUAUGCCAGUGAUGUUAAUAUCGCAAAGUGGUGGGGAAUAAAUCCUGGGUUUUUUUUUAAGCCAGGCAAAAGGCGACUCUGGCUGAGGCUGAAUUACCAUGCAAGGGGAGUCACAUUUGGAAUGGGCGCCUGUUGGAGCAACACGGGUUUUAAAGUGGGAAACGGUGCUUGAUUCUCGUUGCUAAUGCAAAGGUCUGCUAGUGAUUUAGGAGGCCGCGUAACCUGAAUUAGUUGAUGAAUUUUCUAUCGAUCCUAAACAAGCCAGAUUUAUCUCUGACACAGUGCUGCUGCUGGGUGGCGGCGCAGCGUGCCAGGCCCUCUCCCACUCCCCGUUAUUAGCGAUUUAAAAAGAGAAAAAAAAAGAAAAAAGCUUUGGCAAGCACGUCCCUACACACACCCAAAUAUAUACACAGGGGGUGGUGCAGGCGCCACUUUAAAUCCCCCCAAGCGUGUUAUUUCUGCUGCUUCUUUUUUCUGUUUUCUUUAUUUUUUUUCCUAUUUGAAGCUCCAGCCAGACGCGUAACGGGAGGAAGGAUUCGAUUGCAGAAAGGGAGGACUUGUCAUCUACUGUACUCUGUUGCUCGUCCAUGCGCGCGCGUCCCUGAGCGCGGCUUCAGAUGGAGCGGAAUGUAUUUUUAGCUUGUCCGACGCGCUUUGUUAUUGUUGUGAUUCUCUGCCUGCUUAGGACGUGCCGACAUGUGGUGCAGAGAUAUGCAGAGAGACACGGGGAGGCAGAGGGGAAAGUAUUGUACGACUGUGAUUGCACAAACUGAGGCCAUAUGAUGAUGCGCGUGCGGGGGCUGUGUAUACGCUUAAUCCCAUUUCCUUAUCCGGGGUCCGUCCUGGAGGCGCGCCAUUGGCCAGCUGUCGUCACGUGGCUUCUUAACUUUGUUCACUUGACAGAAAAGUAGGAGGGUUCAACGGAACAGGAAUAACCGAAGAGUAAAGGGAUGAGAUAUAUAUUUUAGUUAUAUAUUUUCCGAGUAGGUGCAAUUCCACAAAAAGACUGAAAUUAAUGGCCAUGAGCUCCUAUUUGAUCAACUCCAACUAUGUGGACCCGAAGUUCCCACCAUGCGAGGAAUACUCACAGAGCGACUAUCUGCCCAGCCACUCUCCGGACUAUUACAGCUCCCAGAGGCAGGAGCCUGCUGCCUUUCAACCGGACUCUCUCUACCACCACCACCAUCAGCACCACCAGCAGCAGCGAGCCGAGCCGCCGUACACGCCGUGCCAGCGCGCAGGGCAGCCCGCUUCGGUGGUGAUGUCCCCUCGGGGUCACGUCAUCCCCCCGGCCGGGCUGCAGACCACUCCGGUCCCGGAGCAGAGCCACCGAUGCGACUCGGUGACUCCCAGCCCGCCUCCGUCUUGCGGACAAACGCCUCACAGCCAAAGCACUUCAUCCCCCGGCAGUACUCGCAAGGACCCCGUAGUCUACCCUUGGAUGAAGAAAGUCCAUGUAAACAUCGUGAGUUCAAACUACACAGGGGGUGAGCCGAAGCGCUCGCGGACGGCCUACACGCGCCAGCAGGUCCUGGAGCUAGAGAAAGAGUUCCACUACAACCGGUACCUGACGCGCAGGCGCAGGGUGGAGAUCGCGCACACGCUGUGUCUGUCAGAGCGGCAGAUCAAGAUCUGGUUCCAGAACCGGAGGAUGAAAUGGAAGAAGGACCACAAGCUGCCAAACACCAAGGUCCGCUCCGGGGCCAGCAACAAUAACACAAACUCCCCGGCUCUAACCGUCCCAGAACCGCACCGGGUCCCUAUAGCCCGGUUCUCUGGCUCUUUGUCUGAUGUUGCCCUCCCUUUCCCUGAUUCCCAAACUGAACUCCGAAGCAGCAGCCACGCUUCUAACCACCGAAGCCUGCACUUUGGACCGGAAUAAUGCCUUUGCUCUGGAGGGAGGGAUGGAGGGAUGUCAUUGCUGCCUGAUCGGCCCUGAUGGGUGCUGAUGUUUCACACUAUAAAAUGACGCUAUGAUGUGGGAGGGGGUGUGGGGGAAUUUCCCAUUCAUAAAAAAUGAAAUGAACAAAAGAAGAAGAAGAAGACUGAAAGAACUGAGAAUAUGAUGCGGCCGCUUCUUUGCUUCUAUCCCCCAGCUCUCUCUCUGCUUUUUAUAUUUCUGUCUUUUUAUACUCCUCUCUCUCUCUCCCUCUCUAUGACAGAGCAUAAGAUGGUGGGCCGAGGAUAACGUGCCCGCAUGCGUGUGGUUUCUGUCCUUCUUUUUUCUAUCCGAGACGUUUUUGGUGAAGAUGGAUCCUCGUUUUCAUCUUUAAUCAUGCCAAGCUCGGGCCCCAUUUGUCAUGUUUACUCUGCGGGUACAAAGCAAAGGGGUGCACCGCGGCUCUGCCCAUUACCCCUCGCCCCUACCCCCCGCACCCCUUUCCCAAAUCACUAUCCCUCAACCCCCCUCCACCCACCCCACUCACACGCGCACGUGUAAUUAAUGGAACUCUCGUUUCGUCAAGAGAAGUAUUCUUACACACAUACAAAACCCGUGCAUGCCCACAUCCCUCUGUCCGCCCUUAUAGUAGCUACUCUAACAUCGACUAUAACCUUCGGUAUGAUCCAAAAUGACACCAGGCAGUUUUCUGUCUUGCUGUUAUCAUUAUAACUGUUGGUAUUUCUGUUUUGUUUAAUGACAAAAUAUAGCUUUUCAAAUUUUAAUUAUAGUUCUUUUUGAAUUCAGUGUUGAUUGUAAAAUUAUACUUUAUGCUGUUAUUGCUGAGAAUGACAUGGAGCGUUUGUGUGGUCCGUGGAUUGUUCAUUGUGUGAUGUUGUAUACAGGGAAACAGAGUGACAGGGUGAGUCAAGUGAAAUAAAGUUAAAUUAAGGCAUUUUCCACUACGUGCCAAACAGGGUUUAUAAAGCUGCCUAAACAAAGGACACUAUCCAAACCAAAAUCCUGGUACAAAUAGCUCAAGACUACAUUAUGAACGCAGCACUAUACAAUGUAGGCUACUACCUAUUACCUCAGUUGUACUUAUAUAUUAUUUUAUUUUUGGUCAUUUUAUUUUCUCUUGCUCGUUUAAUGAAGUGACAGCUUUUCCAGCUUUUAUAUUUUUGAAAAUGUGUGACGAGUUAUUAUAAUAAUUAUUGUUACUUGCAAUACAAAAAAAGCGCUAUUAAUUUCUUGUAUGUGGACAUUUUUAAAAUGUAAUUUAAUUAUAAACAGUUGUUCUGGCCAGGGACACUCGGAAAAAUAAGGAGCUUUUUAUCGCAUGUCUGAAUGAUGUUGAUUUAUUUUUCUAUCCUUUCCUUUUGUCUCUCCUUUCUCCGCACAUUAAAUGCGCACACACUUCCUUUUUCGUAUCUGCUUCUCCUCCUCUCUCUGCUAUGUCUCCUUGUGCCACUUUUUUAGGUAUUUUAUUCUGCUAGUAUUUUUAUUUUAAUUGAUGUUAUUUUAUUUACAUUCCAAAGAUCCGUUUCUAUCGUUAUUGGUGAUGAUAAUGAUGAUGGUAUUGUUGAACAUGUGUUACCUCCUCCGGUAUGUAAUUUGCUCCUCUCUCUGCUUAUACCUCCUCAGUGUCUACCUUCCUAUUAUUUGUAAAUAGUUCAUAGAAAUUUAAAUAAAUGGCUAAAAAAGUGUCA